CACAGGGUACGGCCACUUCAUAACCCGGAAGUGAUCUCGGAGGCGGCGGCCGCGUGGUUCUUCUAUGUCCGGACCUGAGUUAUAGUUGCUAAGAUGACCAAAAUAAAGGCCGUUCCCGAGGAGUCGGAGGCGCAGGCGGAGGGCUGCAGCGAGGAGCGCACGUACGAAGAGCUGCUGGUCAACCUGAAUCCCAUCGCGCAGCCCCUGGCUUCCCGCCGCCUGACGCGCAAGCUCUACAAGUGCAUCAAGAAGGCUGUGAAGCAGAAGCAGAUUCGUCGCGGGGUGAAGGAGGUUCAAAAAUUUGUCAACAAAGGCGAAAAAGGGAUCAUGGUUUUGGCAGGAGAUACAUUGCCAAUUGAGGUGUACUGCCAUCUUCCAGUUCUGUGUGAGGACCAGAACUUGCCCUACGUCUAUAUCCCCUCUAAGACGGACUUGGGUGCGGCCACAGGCUCCAAGCGUCCCACUUGUGUCAUCAUGGUGAAGCCCCAUGAAGAAUAUCAGGAGGCCUACGACAAGUGCCUGGAGGAGGUGCAGGCGCUGCCUACGCCUCUGUGAGAGACUUGGGCUGCAACCCAGCCCCUGUUCAAGAGAUGUUGGGUGGGCUGGCUGCAGGCGGCUGCCCACCCUGACUCAGCUCCCUGAUUUCUUGAUGUGUGAAUCUUCCCAGGCAGCUCCAGCAGCUGUUCUUGGAGGUAGAGCCAGCAUCUUUGCCAUCAUUGCCACCAUCUCCUGUUGAGCUUUGAUGAAGACAGUUCCAAGAAUAUGGGAGAGAAGUAAAUGCUAAGGCGAAAAAAUGUG